AUGGCCUACUCCACCUUCCCCACUACCCCCACCAUCCCCAUCGAGCCAUUCCAAGUCUCCAUCCCCUCCACCGACAUCGACGACCUCCGCACCCUCCUCCGUCUCUCUCGUAUCCCGCGCAAGACUUAUGAGAGUGUCAAUGAGGAUAGGGAAAACAAGUUUGGUAUGACGAAAGCCCGUCUUGUGCAGUUGCGGGAUGCUUGGUUGGACUUUGAUUGGCAAAAACAAGAGUCCUACAUCAACUCCCACCCCCAAUACCUCGCCACCCCCAAAACCAUUGACGGCAAAGAGCUCAAAAUCCACUUUGCAGCCCUCUUCUCCAAGAAGAAGGACGCGAUCCCGAUCAUUCUGAGCCACGGCUGGCCUGGGAGUUUUAUGGAAUUUUAUGGGAUUUUGGAUCUUGUCACGAAACAAUACACGCCCGAGACGCUUCCGUACCACCUCAUCGUCCCCUCUUUACCCGGGUACGCAUUCUCCUCCCCUCCGCCUCUCGACCGCGACUUUAGCGUGCAAGAUAUUGCGUUUGUGUUCAACAACCUCAUGACCGGAUUGGGCUUUGGUGGCGGUUAUGCAGCGCAGGGAGGGGAUAUUGGGAGUUUUGUGACGAAUGCUUUGGGGGUGUAUCAUGAAGAGUGUAGAAUUAUCCACCUCAACUUCCGUCUCCUCCUCGGCAAACCCACCGGCUCCACCCCCUCCCCCUCUUCCACCCCAUCUCAAACGCCCGACCCCCUCCUCCCCCUCCAAACAUUCGGCUACGCCCUCGAACAAGGCACCCGCCCCUCCACCAUCGGCAUCACCGUCUCCACCAAUCCCCUCUCCCUCAUCUCCUGGAUCGGCGAGAAAUACGACGCUUGUCCGGACCAGCCGUUUACGGAGGAGAGGUUGUUGAGGUUUGCGAGUUUGUAUUGGUUUACGGAUAGUUUUUCGUCUUCGAUCUAUCCUUAUCGAUAUGCGUUUGGUAUCAACCGACAUGUCCCGACGGCGGAGAAACAGUUCCAAAAGACGCCCACGGGGUACAGCGUCUUUCCCUACGAACUUUUCCAGCCAUCCGAGGAAGACCUCAAACGUACUCUCAACCUCGUCUACUAUAGACAACACAAGGCUGGCGGUCAUUUCGCUGCGUUGGGCGAGCCAGAGACGCUCUGGGGCGACGUUGAGGAGUUUGUCAAGGAGAAUUGGGAGAAGAGCAGGACUUCGGCACAUCUUUGA